AGUGCUGCCUCUCGAGACUUUGAAGACGAAACACUCACAUGCGUAGCUCGUCCAAUUAACUGGAACAUGUUGCUUGUCUCCUAUGGUACAGCUGAUCAAACUAAAACUUCUAAGCCUAUACCUCCAUCACACUAUGAGGAUGUCUAACAAUAGCACCUCCAAAGUACGGAGUGUUCAGCUGUUACCUUUUGAAGACCUUUAAUACGAACAACUGAUAAUCAUCCUACUGCAAAUAUUUCUGAUUACAUGUGAGUCUGAAAAUCAGGCCAAUCUUCAUCUCAAAGGGUUCAUUUUUUCAUGCACUUUCCUCUCUCAACGAGGAGCAAAUAACGAUCAUUUCAGUUGGUGGAAAAGGAAUAUAGUGAUUUAAUUAUAAUCAUACACGACUUCAGAUCUAGCGGGGCUAUUCAAAUAUUAAUUACGUGUCAUUAUAAUAAAAAGUCUCGGCAAUGCAAGGGAAACGAACAGCAUUUGUUGGUUUAUGCAAAGUAUACAUACUACAGAUGCAUUGUGUACAUGACUAAAAGGCAACAUUAUAAUUAGGGCAAUCUUUCCUGGAUGCUUCUAUUUAUACCGAGACCCAUUAUAAGCACAGUAAGAUCAUUGCACUCUAAAAUAAAAUAAAUGUAGUUCCGCGCCAAGCCGAGCUGACACCCCCGACGCGGCUCUUCACUUGGGCCCGCCAAAUUGAAUUAAUGACGGCUUUGUAUUCAGCCAGGGGUUCGUCACGGCACCGGGGCUCUGACCUCCCGCUGCAGGCUCCAGGGGAUCAUAACACACACGUGUGAGUGGCAGGGACGUCGCUAGGGCUGUUUUUUUUUAUUUUUUAUUUUUUUAUUUAUGCAUUAGCUAUAAUAAAAGCUGUAUACUUCUCAGUCAUUUUCAAUAGAAUUAGCCCCGCCUAGCCUCCAUUUUCAUAAAUCUCUCAUGACACCUUUGAUUAGUGGGACCCCAACGGAGUGAGUCUACCAGAGGGCCAUUACGGACGCGCCUCUGGCAUUAAGAACAAGCGCAGAGUAAAAAAUAUAGGGUACCAUAACACACAAUAAAUGCUAAAUAUUAUCCUAUAGGCCUAAAUGAAAAAAAAGUUAACUUGUCUAGUUCCAUAAUAUAUGCAAAUAUAAUUCCUACUUCAGUAAACACAAUAGCUUAAAUCGCCGGAAGGUGAAAUCUCGCACCUUGUAGUCUAAUUGCGAAAAAGGUUAACGAAAUUCAUAAUUACGCGCAGGAUGAUGGAAAUCAUCCGAUCCGUAAGAACAUUUGUGGUCAUCUGAGGGAAGCCGUUUAAGAAGAAAAAUUACAGGGAAUAAUACGUAGUAAAUAUUCCCCUGGAGUCUCUCCACCAGCUAUCAGCAUCUAUUAAGCUGCACACGGGGUUGACUUAUUGGAUCGAGGCAAUAAAGCAGCGAUCAGGCCGUGUUAGAAGCCCCGCCAAAUACUCAGUUUUUACCCCAGGCUAUGCCCUCACAACAGAAGCGAUAUGCCCGGUCAGUGGUUCAAUGGCACUGACAGUCUGGUAUAAAACGAGAGAGAUAACAGGGGAUAAAAGCGACAAGGCAAGGGACCGGCAUAAGAUCUAAGCGCACCCAUUACACGGAAGAACGGGUUAAACAAAUUUAAGGUGAAUUGUUCUGAUUUGGUGACAUUUUUACUUCUACGGCCGCAAGUUUGUGACAAAUGCUGUAUGUUGUUUCUUUAGCUAAAGUGUAAUGGUUACCUGUUAUCAUAUAGUUUGCAAAACAGACACGUUGCAUACUCUCUGUGAUACAGAAUUUGGUAUUCGACUGCAUUUAAACUUCUACAUUUACAAAUUGUCUUGGAAAACAGCAUAUAUAGAGUGGAUGCAGUUCAAUACAAUAUUUACGUUAACUUCAAAACAAAGCGCUCUUUUAGUAUACCAUACAUAUUUUAACUCUGAUUCCGACUUUCCCUGUCCUUUAAUUGUAUGCAGAUGAGAUAUUUUGAUAAGUUCUGAGAUAUGGCGCCCCGUAGCCCAUCGCAUCCCGCUAACUGUACAUCCUAAAUAGGAAGGAUUAGUGUGCUGCGAUACGGGACGCGUGCACAUGCCAUAAUAGAGAGGCAAAUACACCUCAGAACAAAUGGCCAAAUAAGGAAGCCGCGCAGUGGGUCUCCGGCGUGGGGGUGGUGCUGAAGGAACAGCUCCCCUUAACGUGGGCUUUGGGAAUAAAGUGAUCAAAGAGCGUCUGGCACAGCACAGCGGAGCCAUGAGCCAGCCCAGCUCUCCAUCCUCAAGAUGUGCAUUUAAACUUGUGGAGAGAGCAGCGCCAGCCAGAUCAUGAAGAGGCAAAACGUGCGGACCCUCGCCCUCAUCAUCUGCACUUUCACUUACCUGCUGGUUGGAGCGGCCGUCUUCGACGUGCUGGAAUCUAAAAAGGAGACGACUCAGAAGAAGAAACUGGACGACAAAAAGGAAGAGCUUAUGAGUAAAUACAACCUGACUAAAGUCAACUUUGACGAGCUGGAAGGGGUGGUGCUGCAGCUGAAGCCGCACAAAGCCGGCGUGCAGUGGAAAUUCGCCGGCUCGUUCUAUUUUGCAAUCACUGUGAUCACCACAAUAGGGUAUGGGCACGCUGCCCCAAGCACAGACGGUGGGAAGGUCUUCUGCAUGUUCUAUGCGCUCCUGGGAAUCCCACUCACCUUGGUCAUGUUCCAGAGUCUGGGUGAGCGCAUCAACACCUUUGUCAAGUACCUGCUCCACCGCCUGAAGAAGUGCCUUCGUCUGCGGCGGACGGAGGUGUCCAUGGCCAACAUGGUGACCAUCGGCUUCAUCUCGUGCAUCAGCACGUUGUGUGUGGGGGCCGCCGCCUUCUCCCGCUAUGAGGACUGGAGCUUCUUCCACGCCUACUACUACUGCUUCAUCACGCUCACCACCAUUGGCUUUGGCGACUACGUGGCAUUGCAGAAAGACCACGCCCUGCAGACCAACCCCAAAUAUGUCGCCUUCAGCUUCAUCUACAUCCUCACAGGCCUCACCGUCAUCGGGGCCUUCCUCAACCUAGUGGUGCUGCGCUUCAUGACCAUGAACGCAGAGGAUGAGAAGCGGGACGCCGAGCACCGGGCGCUGCUGUCGCGUUCUGGCCGGGCCGGCCUCCCGUGCUGUGCGCCGGACCCGCCGUCAUCCUCGUCGGGCCGUGGCCUCCGCAAUGUCUAUGCUGAGGUCAUGCACUUCCAGUCGAUGUGCUCCUGCCUGUGGUACAAGAGCAGGGAGAAGCUGCAGUACUCCAUUCCCAUGAUGAUUUCCCGGGACCUAUCCACCUCCGAUGCCUACAUGGGCCAGGGUGAGGCCUUCACCGACCCCCACGCCAACGGCUGUGUCUGCAGCCUACAGCGGCGCUCUGCCAUCAGCUCUGUGUCCACUGGCCUGCACAGUCUCUCCACUUACAGGGCACUUAUGAAACGACGCAGCUCCAUCUAGCUGCCGGAGGACUCACCGCAUUUUAUCUAGCAAAUGGAACCGAAACUCGGAUUAGAUACAGGCAGAACAUUCCUCUUUGGUGUAGUUGUCUUUCACCUGUUUUGGGACAUAUAGGAAUGGAUAAGUGAGGAGGAAGCUCUUUAGUAAGUCAUGCUACACUUAGUGAUUCAUACUUUUAUGAUAUGAAAUAUGCAGGACAGAGAUAUUUAUCAGAUGAUCCCAUCAUUAAUUAAUAUCCUAAUACUUUGUUUUUAUAAAAUGAAAUUGUGUCUUCGUUUCCCUUGAAGACUAAGGGGACACUUUCGAGUGCAGGAAUAUUUAAGAAAUGUGUAUAUAUUUGUAAUUUUCACAAUUAACAGAAUUAUAACUCUAUCAGGGGAUAUUAUUUUUGCUGCCAAAGGAUUUAAGUCUCACAGUCUCACCUGAUGUCCAGCCCAUGACAGAUCAGUCUCCCCCACUGUGUUUCUCAAAAAUACUUUUCCCGUGCACAUAAGCUGCUCUAACCUUGCUUUAAUGUCUUGCGGCACAUGGUACAUCGAGUGUAUAAUGAGUAAUUGAGGGUUAAUGGCACUUUAGGAAACCAUCUUAGAUAUCAGCACGCUGGUACUCAUGGCAGAACCAGCCGAAUGAACACUAUAGCGUCUGAGUUUGGAAUUUAACGGGAAUUUCAUAUCCUUUGAAAUGUGAAGACGUGUCGAUCGCUGGUAGAGUGGGACAAAAAACAAAGGUGUGGGAACAAGAAGAUGGUGCUUGAGGACAGUGUGGGUCUGGACGAGUGAUCAAGGGUCCAAAAACAUGGUACGGGAAUCAGACAGCACUCACUCGUCAUGGUCUGUGCGUCUGCUGACGGUCCUACAAACUGGAUGAUGGAUGUCAAAGUCAACAUCACUGUGCACAUGCACAACAAGAUGAGGUGACCGAGUGGGACCAGGCGUCAGACUGUGGCCUCCCUCUGAUAAGUGGCUCCCAGAAUGCCGAGAUUCUAUCUGAAACAGCCGCGAUUCCAGCAAUAUCUGGUGGUGGGAACUUGCCUUUUUGUGUGUCCUCUGUCCUCUGAUUAAAAGAACAGACCCAUAUCACUCGAGGAGGAUGCAUCGCAUGUCACUACAAAAGUAACAUUCCCUUUUCUGCUGAAACUGGGUGACAGCAAGGUAAACGAUUUCCCAAGGCUGUCGACGCAGGUCCGUGCGUCUGUUUGCGGAAUGCGCUGCAAAGGACGCCUCCCUGAAGUACAUCACUGCCCUCUGCUGCUCAGAUGCCCUUUCCCUGUGCCCUUCCCACCGCCGGAUCUGCCAGCAUCUCGUCGGGGGACUCCCUUGACCUGCACUGAACUUCACCGUCCAUGCAGACCAGUGUAAAAUGUACUUUUAGAGCUGGUGGGACCUUCUAAUGAGGAUGUCAUUCCCAAACCUGAGACAGUUAUUUUUGAGACACAUUCCUACAAGACUUAACACAGUUUCCACAGCUGAAUUUUUCAGUGGUUAAACUGCUUUUAAAGUCACUGAGGUCAUGUGUUAAUAUGUCAGCUGACACAGCCUAGUGUGGUACAGACUGCUAAUGUCCCUAUGUAUAUGUCCAUCUGUGCCCAACGAUGGUAUAGACCACCACUCUAAUCGCACAUUUGCAUGGGGCCCCUUAGGUUUGGGGCCCCUUUGUUAGCCGCAAACAGUCACUACACGGGGUGGUGGACUUCUUGAGUGUGGCCCCAGAAACAGCAAACCCUCCUCUCUGUAUGUACAGGAUGAGGCCAUUGCUGGGCAGAGGUCUAUCCAUUUUGUGUGGCCUCGGUGCUGGUAUCCAUUUUCACCCAGGAUCUGAACCUCUGUGUUGUGUUUGGUUUACAGUGCUUAUUCGUAGACCUUAGGGAUGAAUUGAGUAAAUACUCACUGUGAUUUCUCUCCCCUUCCACUCCAUUAAGAAGGCAUACACCUCUGAUGGAGGUUUCUAGAACAAAAGUAGCUUGAAUCAGCAUACUAUGGGCUGUCAGAAAAGGGUGUAAUUUCCAUUUACAAGAGAUUUCAUAAAUAUUUGAAGAGUUUAAUGUCUCACUGUCUCAGAAUUAUUUAACGAAAAGUACUGUUAUGCUGGCGUGUGAAAUUAAAGAAUGAUUACCUUGCCACUGAUAAGAAAUUUUCUGUAAUUAAAGAAGUCUAGAUAUAGAAA